AUGGAAACCAUCAGAACUCUUCCUGUAAUCUACAACUUACUUGAAAAUGGUGACCUCAGACAGGCGAUCACCAUAAUCAACCAGUAUGUAGAGAUACUUGCUCCUCAUAUAAGCUUUCAGUUCCCUGACAGCUCUGAAUUAGAUGAGGAUGCUUGCCUCUUUUUAUGCAAAUUCUUCCUUCUUAGAAAGGAAUACAAAAGAUGCAUUGAUUACGGAUUAAAGGCAAAGAACAUCCUAAAUAGACUGGAGCCCUUCUAUUUUGAAUCUUUUAUUUAUAGAACAAUGGAAGAGCUCCUCCAAGCCAACAAUAGUGUGGACGAUAGUGCUGUAAAUAACAGUAAUCACAUAGGCAAUUUGAGAUCUUUUGUGCUACACUUAAUAAUGAAAGAUCCGAUAAACGAUGCUAAACUCGGAUAUCUGCUUCAAAUAAAACAGUUUGAUUUAUUAAAGGAAUGCAUUAUCGAGUUGUCCAAGAAAAAUGAGGAGUGUAGAGAUAUUUUAUUGAUACUCAUGGAUGUUGCGCCAAAGGAAAUGACGGAGAUAUUUGCUGAAUGUGGUAUUACAAAUAGAUGCUUUUUUGAGCAUGUCAUAGAUGCUCUUGUUACACUGGAAAGAUUCGACCAAUUGAAGGAGAUGGUAUCCUCCUUACCCUGGCAUAAGAUGUAUACUGCAUGCCUUUAUCUUGAGGAUACCCACCAACACAGAAUGGAAAUAGAAAAUGAAAAUGCUAGCUUCAUCUUAAGUGGGCAGUGGAAACAGGAAAUACUUUCCAAUUUCCUAUUUAAGAACAGCAAUAAACUUAAUUUCAAGCUUAUAGAGGCUAUUUCCAAAACAAGAGCCCCAUAUCUAGUACUAGGUAAUUCAUUCCUGAACGCAGGUACUACGAAUGAUACACUUUACAGAAAUAAUAAGAAUCUAAUAAGCGGAAGAGACUGGAAUAGGUUUUUGGAGUUUGCCUCUCUGGGGAUGAUUCAUCAGGGCAAUAUUGAUCCAUUUGAGAUUUUAAAAGAGGUGUUGCCUUCUUUGGAAUCUAACUCGGGAGAACCAGGUGCCUUGAUGGCUCUGGGAAUCAUGAAUGCAGGUAGAAGUGACGAAGAAACAACUGAGUAUUUCCUAAACUGGUUGAGUAGUAGCUCUGAGGAGAUGAUAUUCGGUGCAUGUGUUGGGUUGGGACUUAACAUGAUGCAAACUGGAGAUAAAAGUGUAUUUGAAAGGCUCAAAUCUCUUUUUUCUAUUGAUAACACAAUAGUUCAAGAAUCUGCUCUUUAUGCCAUUGGACUGGUGUAUGCAGGAUGCGAAGAUGAUGAAGCCAUUAGCUUUGUGCGAUCGGUGCACGAUAGGACAUUUCUUCCUCGUGUUAAAAGGGUGGCUGAGUUGUCCGUGGCCCUGAUGAAUGCGUUAAGUGAUAAUAGAACUGAUCUACUUAAUUAUCUUGAUUCUGAUGAUUACAGUAUACGAUCUAUGGGUCUUCUUUCACUAGGCACUGCCUAUGCUGCCACCUCAGAUCUAAAAAUUAUUGAGAAGGUCCUGCCUUUUGUGAAUGAUGGGGAUGAUGAGGCAAAAAGAUCAGCUGUACUAGCCAUUGCAUUAAUUGGAUAUGGAGACUGUGAGAUUAAGAACUCGUGUCUUGUACCUCUGGCUGAGAACCACAAUCCAUUCGUAAGAUCUGCAGCAGCCCUUUGUUUGGGAUUUUUCAGCGCUGGAAUGUGUGAUGUUGAUACCUGCCGUAUAUUAGAGGCCAUGCUGUAUGAUAGUGAAGACUUGGUACGACACAGUGCCUGUCUAGGUGCUGGAUUUGCACUAAUGCAGGGAAAUCCCACCCUAAUUCCUAAUUAUAAAAGAACAAUGGACCGAAUCAAUUAUCUUCUAGUCACCAGGUCUGAAUCGCCGUGCGUCAAGAUGGGUGCAUCUUUAGGUAGAACCAUUGCAGAGACAUCCUCUAGAUGUGCUGUAUUUACUCUAAAGAAUUUUAAUGGCCAAAUUCUAUGCUCAAAGCUCGUAGGUGCUCUCUUAUUCUUCCAAUCGUGGUACUGGUAUCCUUUAAUUCCAUGCAUUUCAUUGUGUCACCAUCCAACACCAUUGUAUUUUUUCGAUGAGAAUCUUGAUGAGACUAAUGACUAUUUCAUAAAUUCCGAUGUUUACUAUGAUUAUUUUGUUAAGCUUCCUGAACUGAAGAAAUCAAGAAAGUUCAAGCCCAGUAAGUCAUCUGAGCAGAACAAGGAUAUAAUUGAGCCAGCUAAGAACGGGCUUAAGAGCGGUGAUAGGCUGACCUAUAAGGAAAGGAUAGUUAAAGACAUGGGAACAGGAAUAUUCUUUAAAGAGAAAUAA